AUGUUAUCACUGCCCGAAUUAUCAACUCGUUUUCCAGUUUUUGCUCAAUUUACUUCUUCAUCAUUACCUAUUCAUGGAUCACACCGCGGUGGACGCCAUUGGGGAAAGGAAAAUACACUUCAAACUUAUCGUCAAGCUGUUAAUGAAGCUCGAACAGAUAUUCUUGAAAUAGAUAUAUGGAAAACUGAUGAUGAACAUCUUGUUAUUAAUCAUGAUGGAAUUAUCGAUGGAAUAAAUGUUAAUCAAAGUACACUUCAGCAAUUACAAAAACUUGAUUCACAAUUAGUGACACUUGAUCAAGUUUUAAUUGAAUUUACACCGAUAUUGUCUAUAGUUUUUUUCUUUGAUAUGAAAGAUACGAAGGCUAUUCCAUUAACACUUGAUGCUAUUAGACGAUAUAACAUUGAAAAUCGUGUUAUUUUCGGUGCUGUGAAUCGAACAAUAAAUAAAGAAUUGCAAAAACACAAGUUUUCAUCAAUUCCUAUUUGUGCUGAUAUUGAAACAAUGAUGAAAAUUUCUCAAGAUUAUAAACAAGGCAAACUGGAUGAGAAUUAUAUGUAUGAACAUGAUAUACUUGGCUUUUUUGUUGAACCACAGACACGAGCAAUGUUAACUCAACAUCUAAUUGAUACAAUACAUAAAGCAGGAAAACCUUUAGCUUUAGUCGGUUCACUUCUCGAUGAUCCGAAAGUUCAACAGGAAAUGAUUCAACUUGGUAUUGAUAUUUUAUUUACGGAUCGUCCUGAUAUAUUGAGACAAACUUUUGAUUCGUUUAAAAAUAAAUAA